AGAACUUGUUAGAUAUACAUAUAUAUCUUUGUUCUCUGGAGCAGUGAAGAGAGGAGGAAAUCUUCAGCUGCUGGGAGCUGGUUUUGCACUUUGUGGAUAUCAUGGUGCUCUGUAGUUUUGCAGUUGGCAGGUGGCAGCGAAGAUGAUGUGCAGAGGAUGAAGGUCACUGGAAAGGGCUUUGGGAGAACUGCUGUGAAUCCAGCAUCUAAUUCUGACCGAGAUACUGGAAAGGAGGAAGGAGAUGUAUACUUAAGAGUAUAUGGACACAGAUCCAAGUCAGUUAUUGAUCCUGUGCUUCUUGUCACCUUGGGUCCAAGUAAGAAUUUUCUUUGGAGAAUUGGGCUGACUGUGUGAAAACGUUAACAAAUCCAAACUGGAGAGGGUGAGGUCUGCCUUGUGGGAAUUGCCUUGUGGGGACUUAAAUAGAUGUGGGCAAACAAGAGAUUUGCAGACAAAACUAACUUUUCUAAUACAGUGCUGUAUGAGCUGGGUUGCUUGUAAUCAUGGGAAACAGCAUUUUUGCAAACUGCUGUAGGCAUGUCACUGAUCUAAUCUUCCAGACACGCAGCUUUAAUUCGUGUGAUGAGAGGUCACCCCUCUUACCAAAACCUCCCGCAAGCUGCACUGUCUUCCUGGACAUGCCAGAAGCUUCCCAGCGUGCUGGGCCAUAUCCAGAUGUUAUCCCAAGCGAGGCAGUGACUGAAAGCCUGCAGAAAUGCACAGAGCGCGUCCAAGACUUACCCAAGGCCAAGGGCGAAGAAGAAACGGCGACGACCUGCGAUAGCAGCUGCUCGAAACUCAGCGUUGCUGCCACUGGCCUACUGCAGCAGGCAGAGGCAUCCUAUGCCUUGGCUGUCCUUCCCCUCGACCUUGAGAAAGGGUCAGCAGUGCUGUUACGUGGUGCUCAGUUGCUCGAGGCCUGCCAGCGCCAUGUGAAACUUGAGGAUGGCAGUUUAGAUCGUAGAUCGUGCAACCAGGAAGAACAUGUGGCCACUGCGGCCUGCAGAGCGCUUCGCCCCGACUGCUGCAGGGAGGCGACAGCCUUGAAUUCAGAAAUGUCCUUCACAGAUCUGGGCAGCGUGUCAAAAUGCAGAUCUGCUGCUCCCUCCUUGGGGAGCUGUGAAACACUUGAAACGUCUACCUCUGAUCUGUCAGCAAACACAGAAAAAAUCCCAUGCGUCCCAAAGACAGUCUCGUCCUCCCUCCACGAUGAGACGUUAGCUCAGACUCAGGAUACAGGUGCUGAUUUUGUAUUGACUGACUGUACUGCUUGCCCCAGCGGCAGCUUAAAUUGUGACCCCGACUCUAAAGUGCAUGUACUGCCAUCAAAGCAGCAGCAGCAGCAGCAGAAGAGGAGGAGGAGGAAAAAGAAGCUUACACUUCUAGAGCACCCAUCUGGCAUGGCACUCAUGAACGGCAGCGGCCCUCACGAGAACCUCAAGGGUGACAAGGACACUCGGCAGAACGGCCACGAGGAGGCUGAGCCAGGGGAAGAUGGGAACGACCAGGAGGUCAUUGUCAUACAGGACACAGGCUUUACCGUCAAGAUCUGUGCGCCCGGGAUAGAGCCCUUUUCUCUGCAGGUGUCUCCUCAAGAGAUGGUGCAAGAGAUCCACCAAGUUUUGAUGGACCGAGAGGAUACCUGCCACCGGACUUGCUUCUCUCUGCAACUGGAUGGCAAUGUACUUGAUAACUUUGCUGAGCUAAAAACCAUUGAAGGACUGCAGGAAGGCUCGUUGCUGAAAGUAGUGGAAGAGCCAUACACAGUGCGAGAAGCCAGGAUACACGUACGUCACAUUCGGGACCUUCUGAAGAGUCUUGACCCAUCAGAUGCUUUCAAUGGUGUGGACUGCAAUUCACUGUCAUUCCUGAGUGUCUUCACUGAAGGAGAUCUGGGAGACAGUGGAAAACGAAAGAAGAAAGGUACUGAAAUGGAACAAAUUGACUGCACCCCUCCUGAACAUAUCCUGCCAGGUAGCAAAGAGAGACCCCUGUGUGCCCUUCAGCCCCAGAACAGAGACUGGAAGCCUUUGCAGUGCCUAAAGGUAUUGACAAUGAGUGGCUGGAACCCUCCACCUGGUAACCGGAAAAUGCAUGGAGACCUCAUGUAUUUGUAUGUCAUCACAGUGGAGGAUCGGCACGUCAGUAUCACUGCUUCCACUAGAGGAUUUUACUUGAAUCAGUCUACUGCAUACAACUUCAAUCCUAAACCUGCAAAUCCCAGUUUUCUCAGUCAUUCCUUGGUGGAACUACUUAACCAGAUCAGCCCUACCUUCAAAAAAAACUUUUCUGCUCUGCAGAAGAAACGGGUACAGAGACACCCUUUUGAAAGGAUAGCCACUCCUUUCCAAGUGUACAGCUGGACAGCUCCGCAAGCAGAACAUGCCAUGGACUGUGUCCGAGCAGAAGAUGCUUAUACGUCUAGACUGGGCUAUGAAGAGCACAUACCUGGACAGACCAGAGACUGGAAUGAGGAGCUGCAGACCACGCGAGAGCUACCGCGCAAGAACCUACCAGAGAGGCUGCUGAGAGAACGAGCUAUUUUCAAGGUUCACAGUGACUUCACUGCAGCAGCAACGAGAGGUGCCAUGGCUGUCAUUGAUGGUAACGUCAUGGCUAUCAACCCCAGCGAGGAGACCAAGAUGCAAAUGUUCAUCUGGAACAACAUCUUCUUCAGCCUGGGCUUUGAUGUCCGUGACCACUACAAGGACUUUGGAGGAGAUGUUGCUGCUUACGUAGCUCCUACCAAUGACCUUAAUGGCGUGCGGACCUAUAAUGCUGUGGAUGUAGAAGGGCUGUACACACUGGGGACUGUAGUGGUGGACUACAGAGGCUACAGGGUGACAGCUCAGUCUAUUAUUCCUGGGAUCUUGGAACGGGAGCAGGAGCAGAGUGUGAUCUAUGGGUCAAUAGACUUUGGCAAGACAGUUGUCUCGCACCCCAAGUACCUGGAGCUGCUGGAGAAGACUAGCAGGCCACUUAAGAUCCAGAAGCACAAAGUCCUAAACGACAAGAAUGAGGAGGUGGAGCUGUGCUCCUCAGUGGAGUGCAAAGGCAUCAUCGGCAAUGACGGGCGUCACUACAUCCUGGACCUGCUCCGCACUUUCCCUCCAGAUCUGAACUUCCUGCCUGUUGAAGGGGAGGAAAUGCCAGAAGAAUGUAAGAAAAUGGGGUUCCCCAAGCAGCACAGGCACAAGCUUUGCUGUCUUCGGCAAGAGCUUGUUGAUGCCUUUGUAGAGCACAGAUACCUCUUAUUCAUGAAGCUGGCAGCACUGCAGCUAAUGCAGCAGAAAGCCAACAAACAGGAAAGCUCAGGUGCAUUGGAAAAUGGCACCCCUCCAGAGAACGGGACUGCAGACAGCGAGAAGUCCGAGUCAGAUGAUGGUAAAAUAGAUGAUAAUGUGACUGGACUUGAGCAGGUUAAAGAGCUUGCUGAGACCAUUGCAUCUGACGAUGGAACAGUGGAUCCCAAAAGCAGAGAAGUGAUUCGAAAUGCUUGCAAGGCUGUAGGCUCCAUUAGUGAUGCAUCAUUUGACAUUCGGUUUAACCCAGAUAUUUUCUCACCAGGUGUUCGUUUUCCUGAGUCUAGCAAAGAAGAGGUGCAGGAUCAGAAGCAGUUACUGAAGGAUGCUGCUGCCUUCCUACUCUCAUGCCAGAUUCCGGGUUUGGUCAAGGACUGCCUGGAUCACACUGUGCUCCCAAUGGAUGGGGCUACCUUAGCGGAGGCCAUGCACCAGCGGGGCAUCAACAUGCGCUACCUAGGCAAAGUGAUCAACUUCAUCACCAAGACUCCUGGCUGUGCUCAGUUGGAUCACAUUUUUAAAAUAGGAAUCAGUGAAUUGAUCACUCGAUCAGCAAAACACAUCUUCAAGACAUACCUUCAGGGUGUGGAGCUGUCGGGUUUAUCAGCAGCCAUCAGCCACUUCCUCAAUUGCUUUCUAAGCUCCUUUCCAAAUCCCAUUGCCCAUCUUCCAGCUGAUGAGUUGGUCUCCAAGAAAAAGAAUAAGAAAAGGAAAAACAGGAACCUUGGAAAUGCUGAUAACACUGCAUGGGCCAGCAUGACCCCUCAGGAGCUUUGGAAGACUAUUUGUUUAGAAGCAAAGAACUACUUUGAUUUUAGUCUUGAAUGUGAGAAUGCUGACCAAGCAGCUGAAGCGUAUAAUCUGCAGAAAAUCACCCUCCUUCGUGAAAUCUCCCUGAAAACUGGAGUCCAAAUACUGCUGAAAGAGUACAACUUUGACAACCGGCACAAGCCUACCUUCACAGAAGAGGAUAUUCUCAACAUUUUCCCUGUAGUGAAGCACGUAAACCCCAAAGCCUCAGAUGCUUUCCACUUCUUCCAGAGCGGGCAAGCAAAAGUUCAGCAAGGUUUCUUGAAGGAGGGCUGUGAGCUCAUCAAUGAAGCCUUAAACUUGUUUAACAAUGUGUAUGGUGCUAUGCAUGUAGAAAUCUGUGCCUGCCUGAGGCUGUUAGCUCGUCUCAACUAUAUCAUGGGAGAUUAUUCAGAGGCCUUAAGUAAUCAGCAGAAAGCGGUGCUAAUGAGUGAGAGGGUCCUGGGUAUUGAACAUCCCAAUACGAUUCAAGAAUAUAUGCACCUUGCUCUGUACUGCUUUGCAAACAGCCAGCUCUCUACAGCAUUAAACUUACUGUACCGUGCACGCUACCUCAUGCUACUGGUAUUUGGGGAGGAUCACCCAGAAAUGGCACUCUUAGAUAACAACAUCGGCUUGGUGCUCCACGGAGUUAUGGAGUAUGACCUGUCUCUCCGGUUCCUGGAGAAUGCCCUGGCCAUCAGCUCCAAGUAUCAUGGCUCCAAGUCCUUGAAAGUUGCACUAAGUCACCACUUGGUAGCCCGAGUGUAUGAGAGCAAAGCAGAAUUCCGGUCAGCUCUGCAGCACGAAAAGGAAGGCUACACGAUCUACAAAAAUCAGCUUGGAGAACACCAUGAAAAGACCAAAGAGAGCUCUGAGUACUUGAAAUACCUGACUCAGCAAGCAGUCGCUCUUCAACGCACAAUGAAUGAGAUCUACAAGAACGGAUCCAACGCGAACAUUAUGCCACUUAAGUUCACAGCUCCCAGUAUGGCCAGCGUCCUGGAGCAGCUCAAUAUUAUCAAUGGAAUUCUCUUCAUUCCACUAAGCCAAAAAGACUUGGAGAACCUUAAAGCAGAGGUGCAGCGACGCCAGCAACUUCAAGAAAGCAUAAAAAGUGGUGAACAGCUGGAACCAGAGGACAAAGUCUUGGAGGAAAAAGAGGCUGAGCCAAGCAUGCCUUCUGCUGAGAUCCCUUUAACACAAAGCUUUGCUUAAUGUGUACCUCGCUUUAAAAAAAAAAAAAAAAAAAAAAAA